AUGUUGGGUACAGCUAUCUGUAAGCCUGGCUGUCAUCCAGAACACGGCACCUGUAAAAUACCUGGCCAGUGCGAGUGCCGUAUGGGCUGGACAGGUGAGCUCUGCGAUGAGUGCAUGGCUUACCCCGGCUGUAAACACGGCUUUGUGACGGCCUCCUGGACCUGUGUCUGUGAACUCAACUGGGGCGGCAUACUGUGUGACCAAGAUCUCAACUACUGCGGACGGUACCCCUGUGUCAACGGGGGCGCUGAGAACACGGCGCCUGAUGAGUACCAAUGUACCUGUCCUAAGGGCUUCUCCGGCGACAACUGUGAGGUGGUGGAGGACCCAUGUGCACCUGGUCCGUGUAGACAUGGCGGUACGUGUAUAGAAGUAAACGGAGGGUUCCAGUGUACGUGUGUGUCUGGCUGGUCCGGACACUCAUGUGAACAGAAUGUAGAUGAGUGCGUCUCUGAGCCGUGUGAACAUGGAGGCAGCUGUGUGGACCUGGUCAAUGGCUUCUCCUGCAACUGCACACUUGGCUGGGAGGGCAACACCUGUCAAUUUAACUCAGACGAGUGCCAGGGCCAACCAUGCAUCAAUGCCAUCAAUUGCCUUAACCUGGUGGGUGACUACGAAUGCCACUGCCGGAACGGGUGGGAGGGCAAGAACUGUAACAUUAACCUCAACGACUGUCUAGGUCAAUGCCUUAAUGGGGCGACCUGUAUUGACCUUGUUGAUGAUUACCACUGUGCUUGUUCGCAUGGUUAUACUGUGAGACCUGUAAUGGCUGACAAAUGUGUUGACCGUUGGACAUUAUCGAUUGACAUUGACCUCUGCAAUCCAAAUCCUUGCGACAACGGAGCUCCAUGCAUCAACACCCAGUCAGACUACUACUGCCACUGUCCUGAGAGCUGGACUGGCAACCGUUCCCAGCCUCGACCUGUGUGUACUCAGCCCCCAUGCCAAGUAAUCGAUAGCUGUACAAUCCCUGAGCCACAGGAUUCUGGGUCAGUCCUGCUGGUGCCAUCUAACGUGUGUGGGCGUAACGGGCGGUGUGUGACCCACUCUGAGGGGGCGUUCUCCUGUGUUUGUGACCCAGGAUUUACGGGGCAGUACUGUCAUAUUAAUGUCAAUGACUGUGAAUCGUCUCCCUGUAUCAACGGAGGCACCUGUGUCGACCUGGUCAAUGGGUUCCAGUGUGUUUGUGACCCUGGCUGGGAAGGGCCCCUGUGUAACUUGGAUAUCAACGAAUGUGCAGACGAACCCUGUCGUAACAACGCCAGCUGUGUCGAUGGAGUGCUUGACUUUACCUGUGUUUGUGAAGGUAAUUGGAAGGGCCGCACCUGUUCUUCCACCACGACCCACUGUGACCUCACCACCUGCCAACACGGUGGCAGGUGUGUGGAUCUGGGGAACGCCUUUGUCUGCCGUUGUCCCCAGGAAUGGAAGGGGACGACCUGCCAGAUUCCUAACAGGCGAGCGUGUGACUCCUCCCCGUGUCAGAACGGAGCUACCUGCGUCAACACAGGCGACGGCCACACCUGUCUAUGCCCCGAAGGCUGGGAUGGUACCUCUUGUAACAACAACAUCAACGACUGUACCCCACAUCCUUGCUACAACGGCGGCAGGUGUAUUGAUGGAGUUAACUGGCGAGUGUGCGAGUGUACAUCAGGCUUUACUGGACCAGAUUGCCGUAUAAAUAUUAACGAAUGUACAUCAUCCCCCUGUGCAUUUGGGAGCACCUGUAUUGAUGGCAUAGCGGAUUACAGGUGUUUAUGCCCCCCAGGUAGGACAGGUGACAGAUGUGAACAUGUAGAAGGUAGUUUAGAACCUCCAUCAGAAGCGUGUCUCUGGGGAGGUGAUCUUCGACCUCACGGAGCAGUUUGGAGACAUCAGUGUAAUUCCUGUCAUUGUAAUCAUGGUACACCUUCAUGUUCUGAUGUUUGGUGUGGCCCUGAGAACUGCCUGAGAUCCAGGGACCCCGGCCACUACCCCUGUCAACCACACCAGGUGUGUGUCCCGGGCCCUCAGCAAUGGUGCCUCUCCCCGCCGUGUGAGCCCUGGGGUGAGUGUCGCCUUCUGAGUGACGAGGGACAGCAAGUGGCCCCUCGCGUCAAUCCGGGACCUCAAGAAUGCGUUCCAAACCACGCGACACUCAACAACGCCUGUGCACGGCUAACACUCGUACUCAACCGUACUCGCUUACCUGUAGGUGCCCGAGUACAGAGUGUGUGUCAGGGUUUGAGGGCGGCGUGGGCUGAUCGUCACGCCCAUACCACCACGCCCGCACCUAUCAUCCUCUGCGGGUUGGUUACCGGGGCAAACGACACAGUAGAGGUUACCCUGUCGUACGCCGCAGCUAAUGGCCCCGGAGACGUAACACUGGCAGCCAAGACACUAGGUGAACUAAUUAGCCGGAAGUUGACACCUGUUACGGCUCUCUCCGCUGCCGUAGAGGUGAAGGUUGAAACGACGGUCGUUAGCGGUGAACCAGGUGUAGCCAGCGGGGUGUUAGCGGCAGUUACAGUGGUACUGGUUAUAGUAGUCAUCAUGGUAAUUGGAGCCUUGACUUACUGGCAGUGCCGACGUCGUCACCUCCAAUCCCACCACGGCAGCGCCUUCCCCAGCCACUCCUCCAGACAUAAACUAGCUGAGGAUCCCCACGUCGAGAAGUCUAACAACGAGAACGAAGAAAAGUUAUGGCGUUACCACAACCCUCUUAAAACCGUAUCAUUACCACCUGGAGACACCAGUGAGCCAUCAUGUUCGAGAAUCAACCCUCAAGGACCAGGUGACCCAAGGAUAACACCCUUAGGAGCCUCUAUAGGGCUUAUCCACACCCCUAAAGCCACACUAGCCACACCUGAGACAGACCUGAGUGAUUGUGACUCGCCGACCCAUCUGCCUGUGCCCAUCAGGAAGGUUCAGAACAUCGACGUGGACCCCAACCUGAACACCCACUCAGUCGCGUGCAAGAGCCUGCAGAAGGAAAUUAACCUCCAGCCUAUAACUCCCUCACAGGUGGUCCAUGAUGGGGUCACCAGCGAGAUGGUGGUGUAGCCAUCUGGCCUCACAGGUGGUAGUGAACCAUCUGGCCUCACAGGUGGUAGUGAACCAUCUGGCCUCACAGGUGGUAGUGAACCAUCUGGCCUCACAGGUGGUAGUGAACCAUCUGGCCUCACAGGUGGUAGUGAACCAUCUGGCCUCACAGGUGGUAGUGAACCAUCUGGCCUCACAGGUGGUAGUGAACCAUCUGGCCUCACAGGUGGUAGUGAACCAUCUGGCCUCACAGGUGGUAGUGAACCAUCUGGCCUCACAGGUGGUAGUGAACCAUCUGGCCUCACAGGUGGUAGUGAACCAUCUGGCCUCACAGGUGGUAGUGAACCAUCUGGCCUCACAGGUGGUAGUGAACCAUCUGGCCUCACAGGUGGUAGUGAACCAUCUGGCCUCACAGCUGGUCCAUGAUGUACCUUCAGACGCUACAUAAUCUUCACUACAGGAGGCUGGUCUGUACUGCAGCUCACAGCGGGGUGCACAAUAAACUAGCUUCUGUCGGCAACAAGCUUAAGAACUUCAACUCACUCAGCAGAGUACAGCAGAGUACAGCAGAGUGUUGUAGUGCUACAGCAGAGUACAGCAGAGUACAGCAGAGUGUUGUAGUAUAGUUCAGCUCAGUACAGUGUUAGAGGUACACAAGUGUUGUUGUUGUUGUUGUUGUUGUUCACAGUGUAAGACUCAGUGCCACCAACCUGUGUAUGGUGCCGUCAAGUGCCUCGACCCAAGUGACCUCCCCGGUGACCUAUGACCCGUCCACUGGUGACCUCCCCGGUGACCUCCCCGGUGACCUGUGACCCGUCCACUGGUGACCUCCCCGGUGACCUCCUGGUGACCUAUGACCCGUCCACUGGUGACCCUCCUGUUGACGUCACUACGAUACAGUACAGGUAUAUGAAACACCCAGUACCGGACAGUGACAGUCAACGGUACACGGCAGUACAGUACCGGACAGUACAGUCAACGGUACCACGACAGUGAUGGCGCAAGAAGCAGGUACAAGAACAGCCCAGUAGUACCGGUUGAUGGUACAACAAACGGUACAGAACAGCCCAGUAGUACCGGUUAGUGGUACAACAAACGGUACAGUGCCAUAGUGAACUCCUGGUGUUGUGUUAACAUAGAGAACUACUGCAGAAGUUAGUUACCGUGAUGGCCGCUACCUCCAGGAUGGCGCUGCUCACCACCACAACAACCACCACAACAACCACCACCACAAUAACCACCACAACAACCACAACACCCCCCCCCCUCCAGGACGCCUUAACCCAUAAUAAUUUACUUAAUAAUAAUAAUAAUAAUUGUAGCGGUGGAGACUGGCUUAAAAUGGCUUCAGAAAACAAUAAGUUAGUUUAGCGAGGUAAUUAAGCGCUUAUGUGUAGGAUAAACUAGUGUAUAACUGGUGUAUUAUACAUCAUACAGCUGUAUAACGGAAGGUCGUGAUCUCUAGUGUAUUUUAUAAUGAUUUGUAAAGUAUUGUGGAUAAUGACGUCUGUUCCCUCCCUCUCACGUCACACUUAAUUAUGACGACAUGUGUCUUCUCGACUUGUCAUUGGUUACAGGUAAUGACGUCAUGAGUCACAGACGUGUCAUAGGCUACAUGUAAUGACGUCAUUGGUGAAUCUAAUCCCAAGUCGUAAAAAAAAUUCACCACUAAUGACGUCAUCCAAUAAACCCUUCAAUCAUUACUUGCCACGUCAUCACCACUAAUGACGUCAUCCAAUAAACCCUUCAAUCAUUAUUCGCCACGUCAUCACCACUCAUGACGUCAUUACUGAAUGUGACGAAUCAGUGGUUGUGACGUAUUUCUCUUUAUCAAUAUAAGGUUUUAUACAUAAUAUAUAUAGAAAUAUAUAACUUUCCUACACUGUACAGUCAAAGUAAUAAUUCCUACUUUUUAAUAUAUAUUUUUAGAAAAGUUUUAACCACAAACUAUAAAAAAAAAUUAAAUAUGGAUCCAUUUUUUUCCAUACGAGUUCCCUACUGCCUGUGACGUCACUCAUCACUGACGUCACCCAUCACAACCGCUGAUUGGCUAGUCUGAUAUUAUGAAAAACCUGCUGAUUGGUUGGUCAGGUAUACAAAGAAAAUAUUUAUAAAGUGACUAUGUAUUCGUAAAACACCUUAAUUAAUUACCCAGGUAAAAUAAACCGAAUUAAUUGCCCAGGUACACAUAAACCACCUUAAUUAAUUGCCCAGGUACACAUAAAACACCUUAAUUAAUUACCCAGGUAAAAUAAACCGAAUUAAUUGCCCAGGUACACAUAAACCACCUUAAUUAAUUACCCAGGUACACAUAAACCACCUUAAUUAAUUACCCAGGUACACAUAAAACACCUUAAUUAAUUACCCAGGUACACAUAAAACACCUUAAUUAAUUACCCAGGUACACAUAAACCUAAUUAAUUACCCAGGUAUUUUAUAUAACAAGUCACUAUUACUUAACAAUAACAAAAGCAGUAAUACCUGAAAAAUAACAGCAAUAACAACAAUAACAAUGAUGAAAAGAAAAAAACUGUGAUAUAUUUCUUCUGUAGAUUUUUAUAAACGAUUUUGUGUAAAUAAUGUAAAAAAAAUUAGUCUUUAAAUUAAUAGUGUAAAGUUAAUAGCGUUAAGUUAAUAGUCUAAGUUAAUAUAGCGUUAAGUUAAUAGUGUCAAUUGUUUUCAAGUAGUGAUUUUAAUUUUUUUUUAUUGAAUUUUGUGGGUUUUUAAUUCAAGAAACUCAUUUGUGUUGCCUGAAUUUGUUUGUUUUGAUUUGAUGAGUUUUGGUUGGCUGGUGGUCAGGUUGAGAGGUGGGUUGAGAGGUGGGGAGGUGGGUUGAGAGGUGGGGAGGUGGGUUGAGAGGUGGGGAGAGUUACUGAAUUGGUGGAUUUUUAGUGUUGUGGAUGUGAUAAACUCGCUUUAGCCAAUCAAAACUAACGUCCAAUCACUGAAAAGCCUCAGAAAUGGUAGGAAAAAUCCCACCAAUCACAAAUAAGCCUCAGAAAUGGCGGUAAAACUCCCACCAAUCAGAAAAAGUCUCAGAAAUGGCGGGAAAAUGCCGUCCAAUGACAAAAAAUCCUCAAAAAUGGCAGGAAAAAACCCACCAAUCAGAAAAAUCCUCAGAAAUGGCGGGAAAAAACCCACCAAUCAGAAAAAUCCUCAGAAAUGGCGGGAAAAAUACCGUCCAAUGACAAAAAAUCCUCAAAAAUGGCAGGAAAAACCCACCAA